AUGCUCGCUCCACCAGUAAACCUGCCCAAAUGGCUGGAGGAGAACUCUCACCUACUCAAACCACCCAUCAACAACUACUGCGUCUAUAACGAGGACUUCACCGUCAUGAUAGUCGGCGGCCCCAACGCCCGCACCGACUACCACAUCAAUCAGACGCCCGAGUGGUUCUACCAGUACAAAGGCGCCAUGUUACUCAAGGUAGUCGACGACGGCGCCUUCCGAGAUAUUGUCAUCCGCGAGGGCGAGAUGUUCCUCCUGCCGCCCAACACGCCGCACAACCCGGUCCGCUUCGCCGACACGGUGGGCAUCGUGCUCGAGCAGAAGCGGCCCGCCGAGUCCAUUGACCGGAUGCGGUGGUACUGCCCGCGGGAGGGGUGCGGCGCCGUCGUGCACGAGGCCGCCUUCCACUGCACGGAUCUGGGGACGCAGAUCAAGGAGGCGGUGGAGAAGUUCAAGGGGAAUACCGAGGUGAGGACGUGUAAGAAGUGCGGGGAGAUGGCGGAUUGGUGUCCCAAGCCCGGAUCGAUUCGGGAUCCCAACCUGGAGUGA